AUGGAGAACCCUACGGCAAGGAUGCCGCCUCACGGCUCCUUGGAUGUUACGAUGCACUCGGCUCCUCAGAUACACACUCAGCUACCGGGAAUCAAUGACCUGACAGCUGGCAUCUCUGCUCGUGGCCACCCCGGAGAUUCACCCACGUAUACUAAUGAUGCAAAUGGCCGUGAUUCUGGGAACUGGUCACUUCAAUCCCCCAGCAAACAUUCUUCAAUUGUUUCCAAUGGCGCCAGCGGCUUCCAAUUACCACCCCUCAACUCACGCCCCUCCCCCAUCCGAAGCACCUCUGGUCAAGGGGACCGAUCACCCUACUCUGGUAAUCUCUCUGCCGGAGUUCCUCCAUCAGUGCGACAGCAAUCUCCAUCACAAGGACCGCCUUCGGAGCAGGUACACUCAGGCUUACCCUCUCUAACACAGCCUUAUGAUGCACAGCAGCGAGGUAGCAUGGAAUUUUCACCGCAAGAAUCACGUCGGAGUAGCGUGGACAGCCGUGUCAAUUCUGGCAUGAACCAACUCGCCAUCACCCCAUCAUCUCCAUACGCUACAAGCAACAAUGCGUCGCAAGCAUCUCUGGUCUCAAAUCUGCAGCGUGAACGAGGCAUCCUUAAUGACCAAGGACGAAAUGGCAUCAGCAUUCCUCGGCUGUCAAGUCAGCAGCAGCUCUCUCCGCUUGGACCUCAUGGCAGCGAGGGCCGGAUGAGAACUCGAAUCGCUCCUCCAAUCAGUGCAAAUCCCCGGGCCGAGUAUGGCAUCGCGAACCCGAACGCCGAGAAUCCCACCAAGGGUUUCUCGUAUGCCUUCCCAGAUCCGGCGGUGACCGGGCGCUCAUCGGAAAGCGAUGACGGGGAUCGUUCUUCUUUAACUCGACGGGAUAGCUACGCCACAUCAAUCACCAGUAGCAUUUAUACGAACGAUUCUCGCAUGCCCCCCGGCCAGAGGAGAUUCGACGAUGAGCCGCUACCGGGCGUACAUCAUCAUCGGUUACAGCAUCGUCAAGUCAGCGACCUGGUUGGUGGUGGUCAUGGCGGUACCCCUUCCCCCUACAGUCGAACGCCAGAGCUUCGAAAUAGCCAUAAAUUGGCCGAACGUAAGCGACGAAGCGAGAUGAAAGAUCUUUUUGAAGAACUGCGUCUUCAGCUGCCGUCUCACCAAGGCGCCAAGUCUAGCAAAUGGGAAAUCCUGACCAAGGCCACGGAGUAUAUCAAACAACUCGAGACCUCUCUUGACCGCUCUCAGCAUGAGUCGAAAGAGUACCUCUUUCAGUUUCGCCAGUCAGAAGAGCACUUCAAGGAUGUUCGUCUAGAAAACGAGCGUCUGCGCGAGUCGGUGCAGCACUUGCAACAACAAAUCUCCCAUUUCGGCGUCCCCCCUACGCCUUCAUAUCAGCCAACUUCCUCCUCCUUUGGCAAUCCUAACUCGCAGCCCGGCCGUACCGUUUUGCCUCCGCUUGGCGGGCCGGCUCCCUCCAAUUCACCCGCUCGUCAUUCCUCGAGUCAUGCCCCCCACUUGUCGUCCUCUAUGCAAGGCGUGCAGUACAGCAGCGACCGCCUCUGA